GCCGAGCAGCAGCGGUUUAUAUCGGGGAGCGCGGCGGAGCAGCGAGCUGGGUGUCCGGGAGUCGGUAGAGAACGGAGGGAGUCCGCUGAAGAUCCAAGAGGAAACCACUCGGGAAUAAGAGAAAGAUGCCUUCCAAUAAAGACGACGGCGGCUGGAAGAAGUUCCUGUGGGACUCUGAGAAGGGAGAGCUGCUGGGUCGGACCGGAGGCAGCUGGUUCAAGAUUCUGCUGUUCUACGUGAUCUUCUACGGAUGUCUGGCCGGGAUCUUCAUCGGCACCAUCCAGGCCUUGCUGCUGACCCUCAGUGACUACAAGCCCACCUGGCAGGACAGAGUAGCCCCCCCAGGCCUGACUCACACCCCACGGUCUGACAAAGCUGAGGUCUCCUUCAGCCUCAACGACAUCGAGACCAUCCUGCCUUACACCAAAGCCCUGAAGGAGAUCCUGAGCAAGUACGACGACGAGAAGCAGAGGGACCAGAUGAAGUACGAGGACUGUGGAGAGGAACCUGCAGAGUACAAGAACCGGGGCGACUUGGAGAGCGACGUGGGCGUCAGGAAAGCCUGUCGGUUCUCCAGGUCCCUGCUGGGCCCCUGCUCCGGCCUCGAAGACCCCGAGUUUGGCUACAGGGAGGGGAAACCCUGUCUGAUCGUCAAGCUCAACAGGAUCGUCAACUUCCGUCCAAGACCUCCUUCCUCCAAUGAAAGUAUUCCAGAGGAAGCUCAGCCCAAAGUGCAGCCCAAUGUGAUCCCCAUCUACUGCACCAACAAGAAAGAGGAGGAUGCCGGUAAGAUCGGGGAGAUAAAGUACUACGGCAUCGGUGGAGGCUUCCCGCUGCAGUACUACCCCUACUACGGAAAGCUGCUGCACCCCCACUACCUGCAGCCGCUGGUGGCGCUGCAGUUCACCAACCUCACCCACAACGCCGAACUGCGCAUCGAGUGCAAAGUGUUCGGAGACAACAUCGACUACAGCGAGAAGGACCGCUACCAGGGACGCUUUGACAUCAAGAUCCAGGUGAACAGUUUAUGACGGACGCCGGGACCGUAGCGCCUCCCCCCGGCCGCCCCGCCGCCCCCCCAACACCCAUCUACUGUAGGAGAUCGCCAGCAGGGGGCGGCGCUGAGCCACUCAGUCACAACUAGUCUUGAACGAAUUAAGGAAAGGAAAACCCACCAGUUAGAGGACCGACGUGUAAUCUGUCUGCUUCAUCACUAGCUUCUACUCUGUCUAGCCUUAGAGCGUAAUUAGAGGACAAGUAGCAAUAGGCCCGAUCUAAAAAGAAAUAUUUAUUCUGCUGUAAAUGAGACUUUUCCACAAGCCAUGGGACAUUGUUCAUCUCGACUGUAAAGCGUUCAUCAUCUCUACCGUGUCGUCUGUGGUUCCACUAGAUAGUCGCAGUGAUCUGGUCCUCCAAACUCGCUCUUCCUCGUUUAGUCGUAAAGCUUUAGCAGUUCUAAGGAGUGUGUGUUCCAGACGGUAGCACACACUCCAUUUCUUAAUGAUUAAGACUCUUCUGAUCUGUGGAAGGAAAAAGGCUGCACUCCAGGAAACGUCUUUCCUUUUCUUUGUCUUUUACAUCCGAUCACGGGAGUCUCUUUGUGUUGAAUCAUUGAUGUGUGACGGGGUUUUAUUACUCGCUUUAAUGCCUUUUUCUCUUGAUUUUGCCUUGAAUGUAGACGUGUGUCCCGCCUGUUAGACACUUCAGCCUGCUUAAGGAGGACGGUGCUAACUCCACUUUUUAACAUUUGUCUGUUUUUUUCUGUUUUUUUUUUGCUGGAUUUCUCACAGCAUUGUGGUGUAACUCUCUGAAUGUUUGAACCAUUUAAACAUGGUGGAAAAAUUUUAUAUUUAUGCAGUCGUACAUUUUGUUUCUUUGCGGAAUAUUGUAAUGUAUAAAUGCAAUACCAAAGUGACGAGUGGCAGAGUGUUCAUCAGAAGCGAUGCAGUGCUUGUUUUAGUCGUCAUGCUCAGUGCUAAAGUCUCGCCUUGCCACCUUCCAGUGGUUAGCUCUUGAUUUGUGUUCUGGCCAUGAAUGUAGUUAGGAGUAGGACGAACACAAAACCAGCAGUUUAAGUCCAAAACAAACUGCUGUUCAUGCAUUUCAAAAACUAAAAAAGAUGAGUUCUUGCAGAGCUCUGUGGCUUUAGAAUGAUGUUGGCUUCAGUAUUCCAUAGAAAUCAUGUUGAUGUAAAACCUUCAACUGGAAGUUAACAUCAGUCCACCCUCCUUUGUCAUUUAAUCAGAGAUAGAAACAAAUAAAAUCAUAAUGGACCUUU